UAAAACCCGUCAUGUUAUCGUGCACCAACUGGAAGUUUUUUUAUUUUUAACAAAGUUGAAGCUUUGUUCUCUGGAAUUAAAACGUAUUGCGAAACGCAUAAUUGUUUGUUUCUCAUGUAUAACUGUGUUAGAUAAUAUAAACAUGAACAAGAGAAGAUAUGUUGUAUACAUGAACGCGACAGAAUAACAGCAAGAAACUAUAAUAAAAAAGGAGUGGACACAUGGAAAAAUAAUUUUGCAGUACACCAGACUGCCAGAUAAACAACGUAAAUCACGAAUGCAGACAUCUGUGCAGUUUUCAACAGUUACUGAGUUGCUUUGAAGUUUUUAAAUCGACAUCGUUGUUGAAAUGGUGGAUAAUGCAAUCACAAUUAGGUGCAAUACAGCGGCAUUUCAGUUUUCUUAAAGGUUCGGGUAUUUCAGCGGAUGAAAUGAAUUGCAUUGCAUUGGACACCACUGCUUUCAAUCAGACAGAGUUCGAAAUGAUUCAGAAUCAACGUAACGGUAUAUUGAAGAUAGAUGCUUUUUUGAAGAAGCUAAUAAGAAAAGGAAAUCACCAAUGCACAUUAUUUCUGGAGGGAUUAAGACGAACAGGACAUGCUGAAAUAGUACAUGUUAUAACAGAAACUGAAAACAGUGAUGCAAAUUCUGAUGCAAACACGACAGGGAGAAUAUACCAAUGUUUAACGAAAGCAUUUAUAAAGCAGCAUCGUGAAUACAUCUGCAAGAAUUUACAAGUAAUCUCGACACUAGACUUACUGUUCGAACGUAGUAUAAUUUCUAUCAAUGAACACGACCUCGUACAGAAUAAAGAAACGAAGUCAAGCAAGCGAGAAGAAUUAAUGAAGAUUUUAUUAAACCGACCAGACACAACAUGGAUUUCAAAUUUUAUUACAGUGAUGCGGUUAACUGGACAUGACGCUAUGUUUCAACAGUUACUACAAAUAUCAACAACCGGUCAGGUUUCAGGUGACCAACAAUCAUCGACGAUUUCACUUGGUGGUACACGUCCAAUGACCCCAAACAAUUUUGUCGCUUGUCUUUUCGGUGAUAAUGACAAUCACGAUCAUUUGAAUAUACAAGACGUGAGAAAUACAACCGCAAUACAGGAAGCGUUAGAUGCUGGUGUAAUUGAAAUAUGGGAAGGAUGUAUUUAUUUCCAUUUAACUUCUUUAUCACCAGUUGUAAUAUUGUCAAUCUUAAACGGAGAAGAUGACAGAAAACUUAAGAUAUUCCUUGAGAAAUUUCUGCAGGAAAAUGAGAAGCUUCUACAUCAUAUUAGAGGGCAGAACAUUUUUCAUUUCAGUUUAGAAGAGCUCCCGAUUCAUGCACUUCUUGAUUCAUCAUAUGGAAAGAAACCAAGAAAUCAAAAAGCAAUCAACCACAGAGAUUAUUGUCUAGAUUGUUACCGGUCAACAUUAAGAGCAUUAUGCAAUUACGAAAUUGUACUUGAUGAAAUUGAAGAUGAUAUAAUUGACGACACUUUGAAGAGAAUAGAAGAGUCAAGAUCUGAUGACGGCUAUGUUUCCAAAAGAUGUUUUUCUGGAAAUAAAACACGAAGUGAAAAAGCUUUUAACUUCAUGCAAUACGUCUUAUACAACGAAAGUGUUUUAGAAGAAUUUAAGAAGGUGUUUUCGUACAGAUCACAGGUUAAAUUGAAGCCAUACAAAUGUCAACCAUGUGCAACAGGCUUUUCAACCGCUGUGAUGCCAAGAAAAAGGAUUUUUCAUUUUAAAAUCGACAUUGACAACUACGGUAAAGUGAACAUCACAGACAUCAAAAGCGAGCUGCGCUUGCCUUCUUUAACGUCGAGACUACUGAUGGGAUCUACUGGAAAAAGAAAAAUGUUUCGAGCAAUGUCAAUGAUUGAUAUGCCUGCAUUAAAAGAUGUAGAGGAAUACCGCAUUGCUGUAAUGGGGAACGCACAAAGUAGGACAGAGUUUUACAGAUCGACAAAACUUCUAUAUGGAGAAACAUACAAGUUUUACGAACUCCCUAGUUUCUGCAAAGAAAUAUCAAAUGAAAAAGACAAGAAGAUAAUAGCAGACUGUAUCGCACGCACGUCUCCAGGGCCACAUGCGUUUGUUCUCUUUACAGAGUCAUUUAGCCAUACUGACUUGAUGUCAACAAUGGAUCCUUACAUUAAAUAUUUCGGACCUAAUAUUGUACAGUUUUUAGUUGUGGUUUUCACAAUCAAGAGAAAUGAUACCAACUACCCUGUAGAAAUGGUAGAGGAUAUUGUCGAAAGCACGUUGCCUUUACUUAAACAAUGUCAAUAUCGCUACUUAGUUUUUAAUACAUCUUCUGAACAAAAAAACAAAUUUGUGCAAGUAAAGCGUUUAACAAGACUUAUUAAACAGAUUCGCUUACAAAAAGUUAACGAAUAUUACAGCAGCGAAAUAUUUGAGAAGUCUGAAAAGGAAGUUCAAAAGACAACAGAUAAGAUAAGAAAUGAAAUCGAAUCCCAAAUCCGACGUCUAAGAGAUAAAAUAGUAUCCCUUAGGAAGGAAAAUCCUAGAGACAAAGCAACAGACAAACUACUUUCUCAGAAAUCGUUCAUCGAUAUGGUUUGUUCUGUUGACUAUUGAUUCGAGACUUUAUCCGACAUUUAUAGCUUAGAUCAUGUAGAAUGACGUUUAUUUAUUGAUAUAUUCAUAACUAUAGGUAUAACUGUUAAAUGAGAUCUUGCCUUAUGAAGAUGUAUUUAAAUAAUCUUAUGACUGUUACAUUGAUAUUAUCGUGAAAUUAAGGGAGCAAUUUAGAAGUAUGUCUACAAAAUAUCACAAACGACUGGCGGAGACAUUGACAUCAAUAAUGAGAAAUUCUAAAAGCCCUUAUAAAAUGUUAUUUUCAACAAAUGGAAAAAACUGAACACGUGGAGUGACACUACAAUGACAAAAACUAUAAUAGUAAUUUUUAUUGUCAAUUUGGAAUUUUCCUCUUUGAAUUACAAUAUUCAUCAUAUUUCAGACAAGGAAGGUUUCCUUUAUCAUGUCUAUAUCCAAAUAUUAUUAUGAUCAAUUUUCCAACGAAACAGGUAAAAUUAUUUAUGUUUUCAUACAAUAAGAGUUAUGGACAUAUAUUUUAAGUCAAUGGUCAAUGAUUUUAAGUGACAAUCAUGUUUUUGCUACAAAUUUGUAUAAAAAAAAUAUGAUUGAGGUAAAUUAUCGUUUUUAUAAGGCUUAAGAUCAAAUCUUAUUUUUGUAAUAAUUUGUGCAAUAUAAUCUUUUAAUGUCAAUUUUUACAUUUAACGACAUCAUAACAAACAUGUCUGUAGUAAUGUGGCCGAAUAAUAUUGUCCUAUUCAUUUAUCAUUUACAAUGAAACAUUUUCCAGACUAUAUUUUACUAAUAUCGCAAUUUUAGGAUAUUACUCUGAUCGUACUUAUUCCUGUAUGUUCUGUUCAUAAUUCAUAUCUUUGACCAAAAUUGAAGCUGUAGUAUGUAAUAUAUAUAGAUUCUACCACUGUAUCGAGUGUGAUACGAUAUUUAUCAACUCCAGACAGUUAAAUUUUCAAAUUCAAAACACUAGCCUCGCCGAGCGUUUUGGAUAUUUAAAAUUUAACUGUCGAGAGUUGAUAAAUAUCGUAUUACACAAGAUUUGGUGGUGGAAUCUGUUUUUCUAAUGAUUUUUAAUCGAUAUGCAGACUAAAUACUUCCUUUCAAAUGAUUUGCAAAAAGAUGUAUUCUUUCUAUGUGACGUCAUCAGGCAUGGUCGCCUUUUUUCAUGACGUCACAAUAGGAAAAUCAGAGGAAUGCAAGAAAAUUUGACGUCAUAAACGAAUUUUGACCAAUGAAGAACUGAGAUCAAACAAACCACACGUUGAUAAAAUAAUCAACAGGUCAGGAAAGGAUAAAUCGUGUAAGAAUUAGAAAAAAAUAAUUAUCAAAAAAAUUGCGGCAGCUUGAAUAAAUAAUCAACUUCAUCAUUUUUGAAAACGGCAUCUUCAAAAGAAAAUAUAGUUUUUUUUUAUAGUAAAAUUGUGAUUUAAUUAAAACAAUUUAAGAAUAUUUCAUAAGAGAAGAUUUAAACAGAAUUCGAAGUUUAUCUUUGUUUCUAAAUAAAACAAAAAUAUAAAAAAAAACAUAUUUUAUUAGAUCUUCUCUAUAAAUAUACAGGAAGUAAUUAAUUUAGACCUUGUAGCGUUCUUUAUUUUAUAUGGAUAAAUUCGUAAUUUUAUCAUUUAAUAUAUUUAUUAUUUUAUUUUUUAUCCACUUUUUAUUUAUUUAUUUACACAUUCUUAUUCAUAAAUUCAGACUGACAUUACUUUUUUAACUGCGUACAGCAAAGCUUAAUAUUUUUUAAACACACAUGAAAUGUAAUGUCUUAUAUGUCUAACAUUAACUGACAGCAUCAUAUUUCUGACAAAAAAAUCAAGAAUAAAAACAAACAUUUUUUUACGUAAAUGCCUUCUUUUUUAGUAUGAUGUAAUGUUCAUUGAUUUUGCUAACUGCCAAUCCUCAAAAUCAAAGAUAUCAUAUUUCACUGUUCUUAAAUGGUGACGUAUAUUUGAUACUUCAUAGACCCUUAAGGAAAAAGCAGACAGGAUUUUUUAGUAGACUACAGAUAUACAUAUAACAUUAUAGUCUUAUCAAUAAAAUCAAUAUGAAUUUUA